AUGAAUAUAUUUUGUAUGUUUUUAUUUCAGGAACAUGUGUUUUGGGUGGUCUCACUAAAUACUCUCUUUAUCUUAGUGUUUGCAUUCUGUCCAUACCAUAUUGGUCAUUUUACCAUCAUGGGGAUUAAAGUCAAUGAGUUGGUCCAGGCUAGUCAAUUUGAAGGUCUAGUCACCACUCUGACUGGAUACACCGUGAUUGCUCUCUCCCUAGUUGUACUUCACACCCUAGCAGCACUGGUGAAAUUUAACAAAUCAAAGCGUAUCAUCGGCCUGUGUUAUUUGGUGGUAAAGGUGGCGUUACUGGUGGUGGUAGAGAUUGGAAUCUUUCCGCUGAUAUGUGGAUGGUGGCUGGACAUCUGCUCAUUGGCGAUGUUUGAUGCCACAUUAAAAGACCGAGAAAAGAGUUUCAGUAACGCUCCCGGAACAUCAAUGUUUAUUCACUGGCUAGUAGGGAUGGUUUACGUCUUCUACUUCGCCUCCUUUAUCUUGCUUCUGAGAGAAGUUCUGAGACCAGGAGUGCUCUGGUUUCUGAGAAACUUGAAUGAUCCUGAGUUUAACCCCAUACAAGAGAUGAUCCACCUGCCAGUGUUGAGACACAUGAGGAGGUUUUUGGCAAGCAUGGUGAUAUUUGGUACCACAGUUCUCCUGAUGCUGUGGCUCCCAGUUCAGUUGAUCAAGAAAAUGAUCCCAGGAUUUCUACCCUACCAUAUUAUGUUAUCAAGUGAUGCCCCAGUCAGUGAGUUGUCCCUGGAGCUCCUUCUCCUCCAGGUGGUGCUGCCAGCUCUCCUGGAGCAGGGUCACACCAGGACCUGGCUGAAGGGUCUGGUCAGGGGGUGGACAGUGGGCGUGGCCUGGCUGCUGGACCUCAAGUCUUAUCUCCUGGGGGAUUCACCAGAGGACACUGAUGGUGCAGAGAGAGUUGCUCCAAAUAUAAUAUUACCAGCACAGCCAGGUCAGCAGGGGGCAGCACAAGCUGUACAAGAGGAGCUGGGGAACCAGGGGGCAGCACAAGAGGCAGAGCACCAAGGAGGAGCAGAAGAAGCUGUAGAUUUGCUUGGUCACCAGGGGGCAGCACUACAAGCUGUCAAUUUGUUGGACCACCAGGAGGCAGCACAAAAUGUUGAAGCCCCUGUUGGGGCAGUUCAACAUGGUGCAGGUCACCAGGGGGCAGCACAUGGGGCUGCUGGUCACCAGGGGGCAGUACAUGGAGCUGCAGGUCACCAGGUGGCAGCACAUGGGGCUGCAGGUCACCAGGGGGCAGCCCAAGCUGUUGGAAAUUUGGGUGCAAUUCAUCAAGCAUUACUGCAUCAGGGAGGACCCUCAGGCUAUCAGCCUUUUCACAAACCAAGUUUUUUCUUCAUUAGGAUGAUGCUGUUGUUUGUCUUGAUGUGGUCCACACUAUUUCUUGCCAGCCUAGUCACCUUAAUCUUGCCAGUUUUCUUUGGUCGUAUGCUGAUGUCUCUCUGGAUGGGGUCUGUAAGGAUCCAUGAGCUGUACACUGCGGCCUGUGGACUGUAUGUCUGCUGGGUGGUGCUGAGACUGGGAGCUGUUCUCUACCAGUGGAUACCACAGGGCUGGGCAGCCAUUAUGACCAAGGUGAAGGAGUGGACGCUACUGGCCCUGAAGUCUCUCAUGAUAGCAUUCCUGCUGAUAGGGGUGGCGCCACUGUUACUGGGGCUGUUGUUUGAGUUGGUGGUGGUGGCGCCACUGAGGGUACCAUUGAACCAAACCCCAGUCUUCUUUCCUUGGCAGGAUUGGGCUCUAGGAGUUCUUCAUGCUAAAAUCAUCUGUGCCGUGACCAUGAUGGGUCCACAGUGGUGGCUCAAAAAUGUCAUGGAACGGGUGUAUAACGAUGGCCUGCGUAAUAUGAAUCUCACCUUCAUUCUCACCAAUCUGUGUAUCCCAGUGAUAGGCUGCCUCAGUAUGUCACUGGCAGCACCCUAUGUUGUAGCUAAAAGUAUUGUGCCAAUGUUUGGGGUGGACUUUGAGACAGAGAACCUAGUCUACAGGAGAAUCUAUCCUUCCCUCCUGACCUUGUUGACCUUUGUAGGGUUUUGCACCAUGCAGGUGAAGCAGUUCAGAAAACUUUACGAACACAUCAAGAAUGACAAGUACCUGGUUGGUCAGCGUCUGGUGAAUUACACAAGACCAGAAAGUUAAGGAGUUUUCACACAGGGACCCUAUGUCACAGGAGAUCUUCAGCCCAAAGAUUGUGAUUUAACUUUUCAGACUUUCACACUUUUAGACCAACAUUUCAGUCAACUUUUUUGCAAGGUGAAUCAAUGGAAGGCCAAACAGAUGAAAACACCGAUUGCUCUCAAGCAAGAUGCACAUGGCUAUGACUUCAUACCAGUGCAUCUUUCACUUUCCAUUUAUCUUAAUCUGAAGCAGACCAAAUCUUUGAACUAAAGGUUUAGUGCUAUUUUUGGGCUAAAAUGUUUUGUUAAAUGGACCCCAGGGAAAUCAAGACAUGACCAGGGAGUAUGGAGUUGUGGUGAGAAUUGCUGUGAGCUUCGGUGCAGCAGAUUUGUGAAGUAAUGGACUGCUUGUGUGUUUAAUCAAUAAAAAACAGUUGACAUUCACAGUGUAAAACCAAACAAACAAACAUUGAAUCUGUUAAUAGUUACAUUGAAAAAUGAGAUUAAUCCUUUUCUGGCAUUUUGGAAUCCUGGUUUAAAUUUAUCUUAAUCUCAACUAGACUGAAGUAAAGAGAUUGCAGACUGCUUCAUAUGUGAGCAUGUCUAAUUGAGAUUCUAAGAAAAAUGUGUAGGUCUUAUUUUUAUGAAUAACUUGUAAUUACAUAUAAUAUGGAUGCUCUGACACAAAGGAUGUACAUAGUUUGAAUAUAUGGUCAACAGGAAGUUGAAUGACUUCAAGAUUUAAAAAAGAAAAAAAAAUGUAAUAAGACAUUCCCCUACAUUUUGUCAAUCACCUCAGAUUAUUUUGUCACUUUGACUUUGGAUAUUUCACUUAAGGUAUUCAUCCAUUAGUCUUUUGUUGUCUUUAUGCCUUUGGGUGUGUCAAAUGUCAAACAUUUUUGCUGGCUUAGCUUUGUUUUUGCUGUAUAAGCUUCGUAAUGUAUGAUGAUAUCAUAGUUUUAAUAUUAAGUUAUCCAAAUUGAAUGCUGGGAAAAAUGUUUCCAUUAGAAUGGCAAAGGGUUUGCAAAUUUUUUUUUCACCUACAAUUCCAAUCUGUUGUUAAGGAGGGUCUUCCUGUAAUUUAGUUCUGUUUAUUUAGGAAUAUGCGUAAUUGGUGUUUGGUAUUAUCUCACUGCUGUGCCAAACCUGGCCUUUGGUACCAACCAAAAAGGUGGCUAUGCCUCUCUGAUUCUCUAGUCUUAAUUCCGCAGAGGAUAAAAGCUUGUACAUAAGUCCUCUUCUGUAUGUAACCAUGUAUAUUGUUUGUUGUGUGCAAUAUGCCUUGUUUAUUCUGUGGUGGGAGGAGGGGGAGGGGGGGGGGAGGGGGAUAUCACAGGGUGGGCUUGAUUACAAUACCCCUCUGCCAUUGUCACAAGAUAUCAUCUUCACCCUGAGGUUCUUAUGAUAUUUUUAGACCUGGUGGUAUUUUUCUUUAAAAAGAGAAACAUCGGUUUUGAAACCUCAGUUGAAGAGGGAACAAUGAGCUCCCUUCCCCCCCCCCCCCCC